CGUUCUCGAAUUUCAUACAAGAGGCAUCAUGGCGACGUCAUACGUCUUCAACCAGAUGAAAUUCAUUCGGAGUAGGCGUAAGGAGGGCUUAAUAAAAGCCAUGAUUUGCCAGUGCGUUCGAGGUACAUUUGUUUGCUUUCCCCGAAUCCAACAGAAACAGUCCUAGCAUAGUUUAUCUACCAAGAUGUCUCGAAACCUAUCAUCAGCUUCAAGAAUCUAUGGCCCGCUGACCUCCCGGCCCCUCUGUUCGUCAUUAAGCCCGGCGGCUAUCAUUCAUCCUACUCUCAGUGUCCAAACCCGCCUUAACAGCGGUAUCACAAAGGACUGGAAGGGCUCGUCGGGAGAGAAGCAUGCGACCCACAGAAUACAAAAGGAAAAUGAUGCUACCGACCCUCAAACGAUAGGCUCAGGCCGGACUAUGGAGGAUAGGGAGAAGAACUACGGCACUGGAAAUACUGGAACAUCAGAUGCUGCCACCGAAAGGGGCGGGAGGAAGAAUGAGAGAAAGGUCAAGCAGGAUCAUCCAAAGGCGCCCGAGCCUGUUCUUGGUAUGAAUGACGAGAGAGCUCAGAAGGGAGUGUGAUCGUGACGCACCAGUGGUG